AUGCAGUUCUCCAUCAGCGCCGUUGUUCUCGCUUUCGCCAGCAUGGCCACUGCCCUCCCCACUGAGGCCUCCAACAACGGUCUCCAGUCUCAGGAGCCCGGCCACGUCCGCUGGCCUGUCCCCGGCGGCAUGUCCGUCAAGGAGGCCCAGUCUAAGUGUGGUGACCAGGCUCAGCUCUCUUGCUGCAACGUCGCCACCUACGCCGGUGACACCACUGAUGUCAACGCUGGCAUCGGUGGUGGUCUCCUCUCCAACCUGAUCGGUUCUGGAUCCGGUGCCAAGGGUGCUGGUAUCUUCGACCAGUGCUCCAAGCUGGAUGUGCAGAUCCCCAUCCUCAUCGCUGUCCCCAUCCAGGAUGUACUCAACCAGCGCUGCAAGCAGAACGUGGCCUGCUGUGCCAACUCUCCCUCAACUGCCAGCAACGAUCUCGUUGGCGCUGGUCUUCCUUGCGUUGCCCUUGGCUCCAUCCUCUAA